AUGACUGGCCACAAAUAACAAGUAACGUCAAACACUGCUGAUGUUUAUUUUUAUUAUAAAAUUAUCAAUAAUUUAAUUUCUUCAUGGCUAAUUCGUUCAUGAUUAUAAAAUUAAAUAAAUUAGAUGUUAAAUAGCGAGUGUUAUAAGCAAAAAUGUCGACGGAAUCAGAAGAAAACGGGGUCCAUAUUGGGUCUGUCGACGUCAGUGAAACAGUGAAAGAAAAUGCUAUAUUAGUGGGAGAAAAUAUUUGUGAUUCCGGUAUAGAUACUUUAGAUACGAGUUCUGCUGCAUUCCCAGCUUCUGAUUCCGAUAUUUCUCCGAUUAAAAACAUAACGAGUGAUGAUUUGGGUCAUGGGUCUUCGACUGGUAGUCUUUCGAAUGAGAGCAGUCUUUCAAGCCCAGGUUCGGAGGACGGGGGCACAGAUAACUUAAACUUCGAGUUCCCCCAACAAACAGACGCGGAUUUCGCCAAAGAGUUGAUAAUAAACUGCAUAGACAACAUGGCCAUUGGUGAAAAACAAGAACAAUGUAAAGAACACCUUGAAAUAAACGAUUUAAAACAAAAUGAAUGUUACGACAGUAGUAAUAAGAACCUGACCACUUCGACAGUAAGUUUGAACGAUAAUCAGUGUACUGACAAUGUGAUUUGCAAAUCUCCCUUUAGCAAGAGUGCUGAAAACAUCACUAAUGUAACUUUUGACAAACAGAACGAAACUACUAGUCUUAAUAGUAGUGAUAAGGAAUUAAAUGCCGACAAAAUCCUUUCACAAUUCUCUAGCCAAAAGACUAAAGCUAGUGCUGUGCAGAAAAUUCCGGAAACCGUAACUAACGUAGACCCAAAGUAUACGAGAAUACCGAAGGAACUACUAUCACAGGACAUCGGUAGUAUAGUCAAGAAUGUGCACGGAAUAUUCUCAUCGGUAAGCGGCAGCUUAAAGAGUGCGUACACACACCGAACAGCAUACGCACAGAAACCUACAAAACCCACCAAAAACUUACCAAACGGUAAACUAAUGAACGAUAUAUUCGAAGACGAGAAUACGGACACGAAAACUGACAUCGUAGAAAAACCGGAAACAAUAGAAUGCAAGGAAAAUAUACCGUAUUCUAAUUCUAAUACAGAUUCGGUGCUAAAACCGAUGGAUUCGGAUAGUUCAGAUUCUACCGAUACUAAGAAAGAUGUUCUACGGUUACAAGUGGAGUCUUUAGAAAGAGUCCUAGCUGAACAGAGGAAGGAGAAUGCGUCUUUAAGAGAGAGAGUGAAACAGCAGUGCGAUGAACUACAGCAAAAAGAUAUGACGUUUAAGGAGUUGGAGGUGAAAUUGGAUAUGAUGGGUAAACGCGUGGACCACGCAGAAAGAGAGAAGGAUGCAGCCGUGAUGAGGUACGCUAGCGUCGAGUGCGCAGCCAUUGAGGCUAAGAGGGCUGCUGAGAACGCUGCCAAGGCUGAGAAGGCUGCCCAGGCUGAAGUGGAACUGCUGAACGGCAAGCUCAAGUCCGCUGCCGCUGAGAAACAUAGGAUCUGUCAACUGUAUGAUGAUAAGUGCCACGAGCUGCUGACGAGCGAGCGAGAGCUGGCCAAGGUGCGGGAGGACAUGCGCGAGCUGGACGGCAGACUCAAGUGGACGCAGAGCAAGCUGAGGGUCGAGAUGGAUGCUUACAAGGAGGCAUUGGAAAAGUCGGAGAAGCUGACUCAGCAGGUGACGGAGCUGGAGGCCGCGCGGGAGACGGCCGCCGCCAACGCUACCGACUCCGCCAGGGCUAAACAAUUAGAGUCGGAAUUAAAAGAGAGUCAGGCAGCGUUGAUCCUCUGUCGCCACGAGAGAGAUGAACUCGAUCGCAAGCUGACAGCUAUGACGCAGCAGUUGGAGGCUUGUGUGAAGGAAAGGGACAGCGCUACCGCCGCUCUCGCUCGCACCACCGCUGAGGUAGAAGAACUGAAAGAGAGUAAUCUUCGCUUGGAGGAGGAGGCGGCGGAGCUAGCGGCGCUACGAGCUAAGGCAGCGCUCGCUGAUACACUCAGCGCACAGCUACAGAGGGAGUCGGAGCGCGCGUCCCAGGCGGAGGAAGCCCUAGCAGUGGAGCGCGGCGUCGCCGAGACAUGCGGACGGCGCGAGGCCGCCGCACUGGAACACGCCGCCACGCUCACCGCCGCGCACGUCGCGCUCUCCGCCGCGCACAGUCGCAGGGACGCCGAGGCGCGCGCCCUCACGGUAGACAACGCGUCACUCCGGGAACAAGUGACCUCUCUGGAGGCGGAGUGCGCCAAACUACAGACUGCACUCUCCGAGGAGACUGACCGGAGGAACAAGGAGAACAGGGUGCUUGCUAGAAAGGUGGCGGAGUUAACAGAAGAGGUGUCAGAAGCGAAUAAGAAGCUAGAGUGGGAGAAGGGAGAGAAUAAUGUUCUCAAGAAGAAACAUGCUAGUGCCAUAAAAGAACUGAACCGCGAACUACAGCGCGCUGUGAAGCGAUGCGAGCAGUUGGAAGCCAAACUGCCUCAACAGUUAGCACCUAACACAAGGACAGGUUCGAUAUCAUCGCUGAGUAGUGGGGAGAGCGCCCCCCAUGAGGACAGACUGCAGAACGGACACAGCGAGGCAUUGCCUGAUAUACAGGUCCGAGAACCAGACCGCCAGACAUUAAUCGAGCGUAUAGUCUCGCUACAACGCGCCGCCGCCCGCCGCGCCGAGCGCUGCGACUUCCUAGAGGAGCACUCCAAACAGCUGACUGCUGAGCUAAGGACUAAGGCGAGGCUGUUGCGGCAUCUACUCUGUGAGCUACCUGCCGGCGCCGUCGGGUCUAGUCGCCGUGAUGAUAAUAAGGCUAAACGGAAGCUGACCAAGAAAGAGAUAGCGCGACUGGGCGGCGGCGCGAUGGCGGCGGUGUGGGGCGGCGACCCGGGCGGUAUCACUGCCGAGCUGUCGCUAGAGAUGAACAGACGUCUGCAGGCCGUGCUCGAGGAUACACUGCUGAAGAAUAUCACGCUUAAGGAGAACAUGGACACGCUCGGCGCUGAAAUAUCUCGACUAAAAGAACAAUUGAAAUCCUACGAAAAUAAAUAAAUUAAACUAAAUUAAUAUUUACUUGUAAAUGUAUAAAAUUUAAGUUUUAAUCUUAUACGUGGGUGUUGUGCGAAAGCUUUCAAAAUGUAUUAAAAAUAUAUAUAUAUUUUACUCACGUAACUGUUUCAUGAAACUCGACUAGUUUCAAGCUACGCUAGGGGCUCAUACUAAUUAUCAGUAUUGAAUGACAUACAUUAAUUAAUUUAAUGUGUCUUAUGAAAGUUAUACAGCCUAAUAUUUUAUCACCAGCCCUUUUUUCUGUGACUAAAUUAUCAUUCAAACAUUAUAUUUUUAAUGAAAAAAUAAAAUAACCGACUUCACUGAAGAAAGACGGUUAAAAAAACAUUAAAAGGAUCAAAUUGACUUUGAUUUCGAAAGUCGGUGUUUCUCAUUAUUGUUUGUUUCUUAUUUAACACCGACCUCCGAAAUAAAAGUUAUUUUGACCAUUUUAGUGUUCUUUUUAACCGAUUUUCUUCAGUGAAGUCGAUUAUAUUUUUAGUCUUUUUUAUUUUUAUUUAAAAAUGUAAUGUUUAAAUGAAACCUAACUCUCAGGUAAAAUUGAGCUAGUGAUAAAAAAAAUCAGGCUGUAUUAAAAUUACUAUCUCAGAUUUUGAGUAUUAAAACAAGUUAAAUUUUAUUUUUUAAUAUAAAGUUUUCGCAUAACAAUUCCAAAAACUAAAAAAAUAUAUCCAUUUAGCAAUAUUUUAUAAUAUUGUAUGCGUAUGGAACAUUCCAGAGAAAUGCCAAUGAAUAAAAAUUAAGACAUAAUUCCAUUUCGUUAAGGUCGCUUUUUGAAUAAACUUGUCACAUUCCCACCUUGUUGGUCAAAAUGAUAUUCUGUGUUUUGAAAUUUUAAUAUUUAUCGGCCACUGCUGACCAAAGCCCUCUUCUCACACGGAGAAGGUUUGAGCAUUAAUCACCGCGCUUGCUCAAUGCGGGUUGGCGAUUUCAAACUUAUAAUUAGAAAUUAUAAGCCCAGGUUUCCUCACGAUGUUUUCCUUCACCGUUUGUUAAUGGUGUCUAAAUAAUCUUAGAAAGUACUCACUAUUUCCAAAAGAUUUAAAGCGUAUUCCUUUUUAAAAGGCCGGCAACGCGCCUGUGACUCCUCUGGUGUUGCGGGUGUUCAUGGGCGGCGCUGAUCGCUUACCAUCAGGUGACCCGUCUGCUCGUUUGCCCCCUAUUCCAUAAAAAAAAGAUUUCUUAAGUAUUUAAAACAUACUUUCGCAUUUAUAAUAUAAAAAUGAAGAUAUAAUAUUUUCAAAAAAGUGACCUAAUAUUU